GUAUGCGAUAGCAACGGUGAACAAGAGAUGUACAGUUCGGAAACCACUCGUGUGUGCGGUGGUUUCAAGGAUUGACUGGGAAAACAUGGCAGCUGGUUGUUGUGGAACGAAAAAGCAGAAGCUAAACAAUUCUUCCAGCAUUCCGUGUAACGGUACCGUGAGUUUACAGAAUGGUAUUCGUAUACGAAACUCCAUAAUAGUACAGCCUGAGAUGGGCUUUUAUUGUUUCGAUGUUCUUUACUGCCAACUGCACCAACUUGAUCCACCAAAACCGCCCAACUUCAGCAACGAAGCAUACCCAUUAUUUGUAACAUGGACUAUUGGCAAAGAUAUGAGAUUACGAGGCUGUAUUGGUACAUUUAAUGCAAUGCAUUUGCAUGCAGGAUUGCGGGAAUAUGCAGCCACUAGUGCUUUUAAGGACUCACGAUUUAAUCCAAUAACACGAGAAGAACUACCACGCUUGCAUGUCAGUGUUUCUAUACUUCGACAUUUUGAAGAAGGAGCAGAUUAUUUAGAUUGGGAAGUAGGAGUUCAUGGAAUACGUAUUGAAUUUCACAAUGAAAAGGGUAACAAACGAACUGCUACUUACUUACCAGAUGUAGCAAGGGAACAAGGGUGGAAUCAGAUUCAAACAAUAGACUCUUUGCUGCAUAAAGGUGGUUAUAAAGGGUUAGUAACUCCAGAUAUGAGACGCAGUGUAAAAUUAACUCGAUAUCAGAGUGAGAAAGUGACUGUUAGCUAUCAAGACUAUAUGUCACAUUGGCAGGGUCAGACAUGCUAGCAACUGCCAAGGGGUCCAAGUUAUGGACCCCUCUGGUGCCAAACUUCUAGCAUGAUUUGUUAUUUCAAUACUGUUAGAGUUAAUCUUUGUUUUCAUUAUAUUAAUAAUCAAUGUACUAAAGUAAUAGAGAGUCAGCAAGCAAUAGUUAUGGUAAAACCUAAAUACUUUUCAUUUAUGCAACCAUUUUCUAUACCUAUUAGUUCUCAGGUGAUAUCAUCAAUGCAAAACUAUCCAUUGUUUCUAUGGGAAAAUAUAGGAUUAUUCUUUCUAUUAUAUCAUUACAAUCAUGAACGAUGUCUUCCUCCACAGAGAUUUCAACUUUGGAAUACAACAAUAAAAAUUACAUUAGAGGCGAUUGAAUGCAACCUCAUGCUAUUAAUAUUCGUGCCUAUUGCAUUUUUCACGUUUCACGUUUAUCUUCCUUAUAAUAAUAUAUAUUUUUCAAUAAAGAUAAUAAAACCUUCGGUAUAGCGGCACUGUUCUUUCACGGCUAUUACUUGCAAAUAAAAUAUUAGGUAUAUUAAAGUUGUAUCUAUUAAAUGCAGUUCAAAAAUUUUAUACAGUCUCAAACUUGUCAUAGUAAAAUAUAAUAAUACACACGUUUAUUUAAUAGCAUACACCAAUUAUUAUUGUUCAUUAUAAUUUUUAUUAUGUAUUAUUCUGUAAUUUUAAGAAAUAUUUAAGUUUCCUUUUAAAAUGUAUAUUGCUAGGUAUGUAGACAGAAACUAAUUGUGUCUGCUUGAAAAGACAUUGUAACAAUUUCCAUA